AUAAAAACAACAAUAGUAGCUACAACAACAAUAACAACGGUAAUCAACAACAACAACUAGCCACAACCGCUGACUUCCGCUUUGAGCAUUUGCAAACGCAUUUACACGCACACACACACACUCCCUUACCUGAGUGCCAACGCCAACGCCAACGACGACGCAGCAUCUCAGCAGCUGACAACACAGCCUCUCUCUCUCUCGCUCUGUCAUCCGCCUGCUGAGGUCUGCUCUGCUCGGCAAAUUAAAGAACGCCUACGCUGACGUCGCUGCCGCCGCAUAAGAAUGCAAAAGAUAACAACAAAAAGAACAGAAAAAGUAACAGAAACAACAACUUCCAGCGCGCUGGCGUCUCAACUAGUCAACAUUUUUGCAUAAGGAGAGAGGGAGAACAGCAACAAAAACAAAUUAAGCAAACAUAUCCGUCAAAUUAACUACAUUUUAUUAGGCUCGAUAACGUAAUUCGAUAAAAAACAAAAAGAAAAAAAAACACAACAUGGACUGGAUCAUCAGCGAUGAACUAGGUCUGACCGUGGGUCACGUGGUCGGCUGGGCGGCCGCCUCCGCUAUGGUCAUAGGCGGCGUUAUACCCUACGUGCCGCAGUAUGUUGAAAUCAAGAAAACGCAGGACGCCGAGGGUUUCUCCCUCUACGUAUGCCUGGCCCUGCUGGUGGCCAAUUCGCUAAGAAUACUUUUCUGGUUCUCCAGCCGCUAUGAGCUUCCAUUGCUGGUGCAGAGCGUCGUCAUGAAUGUCACCAUGUUCCUAAUGAUACACCUUUGCGUGAAGGUGAAACGCAUGAAUGCCAAUACACGUGACCAUGCGCUCCGUGGCGAUGAGCUGCACUUGCCAAAAGUGCUGACGGACACGGACACCGGCGCCUCCGUAUCCACGGAUGCGGGCGUCCUGAAGCGUGCACGUUCCAGGCAUUAUUUGAAUGAUCUGGACUUCAAAUACUUUUGGAACUGGACAGAUUUCCAAUCGUAUCUGGACAUGAUGCUCGUCGUCUGGGCCGUUGGCGCCGCGAUCACAUAUCUGAUGCUCUCCGUUCACUGGUUCAUGGAGGCCAUGGGCUUUGUGGCCGUCUUCACGGAGGCCAUGUUGGGUGCACCGCAGUUUCUGCGCAACUUUAAGAAUAAAUCAACAUAUGGUAUGAGCAUACACAUGGUGAUCAUGUGGACGCUCGGUGAUAUGUUCAAGACUGGUUACUUUAUUGCUAGAAAUGCGCCAUCGCAGUUCUGGAUUUGUGGCACGCUGCAGCUAAUGCUCAACUUUUAUGCAGGUCAGCCUGGACAUUGCCAUAUUGCUGCAGGUGUGGAUCUAUCGGAACAAUACGAAGCCGCGCGACCUGAGGCGCGGCGAUUAGCAGUUUGCCCCCGAAGAACAACAACAACAACAGCAGCAGCAACAGGAACAACAACAGCAACAACAACAACUGCAACAACAGCAGCAACAACAACAACCGCACGAUUUGCACCUUUCGCUCUCCGAGGAGCGACAAUUGUCGCUGCCAAUCACGCUGAGCAGCAGCGGCGAGGAUCAUCUGCUGACGGCACGCGCCGACGACGAGCACUUCAAGACUCUGGACUUUGGCCAGUGCCACGACAAUCGCGCCUUUCAGUAUCCCGCCCAGCACCCCAACAAUAAUAACAACAACAACAA